UGAUGAUGGAUUUUUCGGCGAGAAUUGUAACAUGGCUUGUGGAUAUUGCAAGAGAUCUGAGGAAUGUAACCAAAUAAAUGGGACGUGUUUGAAUGGGUGCUCUAGGGGAUAUAAAGGAAAAUACUGCAAUACAACAUGUCAUGAUGGGUACUUUGGAGAAAAUUGUGUGUAUAAGUGUAAUGAUACAUGCAAAGAGUGUAACAGAAUGAAUGGUUCCUGUGGAAAUAUAUGUCAUCCUGGUUUUAAAGGAGAAUUCUGUCAUGAGGUGUGUGAUUUGAAUUGGUAUGGAGAAGGUUGUAACAAAUCUUGUGGAGAAUGUACAGUCGACAGCGGUUCUUGUCAUCAUAUCAACGGUUCCUGUGUAAAUGGUUGUGACGCUGGAUAUCAUGGAAAUAAAUGUGAUAAAAUUUGUGAAUUUGGGUUUUAUGGACCUAACUGUAAAAGUGCAUGUAGUCCGUUUUGCAAAGUAUCACGUGACUGUCAUCACGUGACUGGUACCUGUAAUUAUGGCUGUAAAGCUGGAGUACAGGGAAAUGACUGUCUACUUGUCCAGGACAGUGAAAACGUGUCCCAAAUAAAAUUUUAUGGUAUCCUGAGCACACUUUGCGCCACUCUUCUUAUAAUUGGCAUUUAUGCGCUCUACAAAAUAAAGAAAAGGAUGAUACUUUCUAGAACAUCGACUGGCACCUCUUACUCUGUAGACGACUCCGUCAUUCCUCAAACGGACAGUGUGGCUUUGAUAAAAAAAGACGAUCAACCAAUAGAAUUAAAUCACAAUAACCAGAACACUUCGAAAUUAGAUAUAUCUACUAACUACGACACAAAACUUUAGGAAGUUUACUUAAAUGAGUCUAUAUUAUUCAAGAUUAAAUAUUAAAAUUUUAUGCCUUAUUACCUUUUAGUAUAAGCAAAUAUUACA